AUGAGACCCCGGCUCGUCUUCGUCGCCCUGGCCGCAUUCGUUCUCCUGAACUUAGGCCAUACCGCGCCACAUGAGCGAAAAUCGUCUGAACACUCUGAACCAGACGAAAAUGAGCUCGCUGGUGGAGGCUCUCGAAAGCCAACACGUUUAAUUGAAAGUAGCAGAAGUGAUGCAGAGACGACCACAUCAACAUUGAAAGGAAGCAGCAACAGCCACCAGGACGAAGUAAAUGACCAGGAGGAAGACUGCGAUGAGGCGAAUGCAGAAUCAGGCUCAACCACACCCGCAGCAGACAGUGCAAGCCAAGUUGAGGAGCUUGCAGAGGCCGAAGACUCUAAACAAACCAUGAAAUCCGGCACAAACUCAAGCGGAGCCGACAGUGACAGCCAAGACAAAGUCCACGAAGAGGACGAACACUCCAACGAAACUAAUGUUUCUGGCCUGACCUCAACCGAAGAAAGCAUUGAAAGUCAAAAUGAUGAGCACGAACAAGGAGAAAAAAGCACCGAAACUACUACAGAAUGUGGCCUAAUCUCAGCUGAAGCCAACAGUGGCAGUCAAGAUGAACAGAACGAAGAAGAUGAAGAACACUUCAACGCAAUGACUGCAGAACCUGGCACAGUCUCCACCAAUGCAAAUAGUGGCAGCAUUGAUAAAGAGCGCGAAGAGGAAGACGACUGCAAUGAGGAGACUACAGACUCGGGCUCAACCUCAACCGAUCAAGACGUUGGAAGCCAAGAUGAAGUCCAUGAAGAGGAAGAGGAAUCCAACGAGACUAAACAAUCAGGCUCAACUAUAACCGAAGAAAACUCUGGAAACCAAGACAACGAGCAGGGAGUGGAUAAAGAAUCCAAGAAAGCUAAUCCAUCUGGCUCAACCAUAAGCGAAAAAAACAGUGGAAGCCAAGAUAAAGGGAAUGGAGAGCAGAACUCCGACAACGUAGGUACAGAAUCUGGCUCGAACACGGCCGAAGCCAACAGUGGAAGCAAAGAUGAAGAGCUGGAAACGGAUGAAGACUGCAACGAAACAACAGAAGCUGGCUCAACUGAAACUGAAGAAAACAGUGAAAGCCAAAAUGAAUGUAACGAAGAGCAGCAAUCCACCAACGAAGCUGCAGAAAAUGGUUCGAACUUGACCGAAGACAACAGUGGAAGCCAAGAUGAAGAGCACGAAACAGACGAAGACUGUAACAAAACAACAGAAGCUGGCUCAACCAAAACCGAAGAAAACAGUAGAAACGAAGACGACGAGCAGGAAGAGGACGAUGAAUCCCAGAAAACUAAACCAUCUGGCUCAAACAAAACAGAAGAAAACAGCGAAAGCCAAGAUGAUCAGCACGAAGAUGACGAAGACACCAAUGAAAUGACCGAAUUUGGCUCAACGACAACCAAAGAAAACAGUGGAGGCGAAGAUGGCGAGGACAAAGACUCCAAGAAAAAUAAACCAUCUGACUCAACCAUAACCGAAGAAAACAGUGGAGACCAAGAUGAAGGAAAUGGAGAGCAGAACUCCAAGAACGUAAGUACGGAAUUUGGCCCAAACACGACCGAAUCCGACAGUGAAAGCCAAGAUGAAGAGCCCGAAACAGAUGAAGACUGCAACGAAACAACAGAAGCUGGCUCAACCGAAACCGAAGAAAACAGUGGAAGCCAAAAUGAAUGGAACGAAGAGCAGCAAUCAACCAACGAAGCUGCAGAAACUGGUUCAAACUUGACUGAAGCCAACAGUGGAAGCCAAGAUGAAGAGCAUGGAACGGACAAAGACUGCAACAAAACAACAGAAGCUGGCUCAACCAAAACCGAAGAAAACAGUGGAAGCCAAGAUGACCAGCACGAAGAUGACAAAGACGCCAAUGAAACGACCGAAUGUGGUUCAACGACAACCGAAGAAAACAGUGGAGACCAAGAUGACGAGGACAAAGACUCCAAGAAAACUAAACCAUCAGGCUCAACCAUAACUGAAGAAAACGGUGGAAGCCAAGAGGAAGGGAAUGAAGAGCAGAACUCCGAGAACGUAAGUACGGAAUUUGGCCCAAACACGACUGAAUCCGACAGUGAAAGCCAAGAUGAAGAGCCCGAAACGGAUGAAGACUGCAACGAAACUACAGAAAGUGACCCAACCGAAACCGAAGAAAACAGUGAAAGCCAAGAUAAAUGGAACGAAGAGCAGCAAUCCACCAGCGAAGCUGCAGAAACUGACGCAAAUUGGUCUGAAGCAAGCAGUGGAAGCCAAGAGCAGAAAACGGAGGAAGACUCCAACAAAACUACAGAAGCUGGCUCAAUCGAAACCGAAAAAAACGGUGGGAGCCAAGAUGAGGAGCAUGAAGAGCAGGAAGACUCCAACGAAACUCCUACAAAAUCUAGCUCAUCCUCAGGCAAAGCCAACAGUGGCAGCCAAGAUGAAGAGCGCAAAGAUGAAGUCUUUUAUGAGAUGACGACAGAAUCAGGCUCAACUACAACUGAAAUAAAGAGUGGAAGGCAAGGUGAAGAGCGUGAAGACGAGGCUGACUCCGGGGAGACCAUUACCAAAUCUGGCUCAAUCUCAACCGAAGCAAACGAUGGCAACAAGGAUGAAGAGAAAGAAGAAAAAGAAGGUUCAAACGAGACUACUGCGGAAUCUGGUUCAAGCAUGACCGAUGAAAACAGUGGUAGCCGAGAUGGAAAGCAUGAAGAGGAGGCAGACUCCAACGGGACGACCUCAGAAUCUGGCUCAUCUUCUAGUGAAGAACAAAACAGCAAGCCUGACGAUGACGAAAAAUCUUCGUGGUUUGGUCCACUGAAAAAACUUCCCGAACUAUUCUCGGGACGUAGUGCUUGA